UUCAGCGUCCCUUCACUCCUCUCAGCUAUCUUUGGUGCAGCAGCGCAGCACGGUGCGAAAGGGCGCACAAGUGUAGUCAGCCAGGGACCCAGCUGAAAUGUCGGAAAGUGGGAGUCAGGAAGCAGCCGGUGCCCCGAAUGACAGCUGCAGCCCGACGAAGCGGGCACCUCGACCGGCCGUCGGCAACAAAGUGACCGUGGUGCUCGGGGCUCAAUGGGGCGACGAGGGAAAGGGAAAAGUUGUGGAUCUGCUGGCACAAGACGCGGACAUGGUGUGCAGAUGUCAGGGCGGCAACAACGCGGGCCACACAGUGGUGGUUGACUCAGUGGAGUACGACUUUCACCUCCUCCCCAGCGGCAUCAUCAACCCCAAGGUCACUGCCUUCAUUGGCAAUGGUGUAGUGAUCCACCUUCCGGGCCUGUUUGAAGAGGCCGAAAAAAACAAAUGCAAAGGAAAAAGUCUAAAAGACUGGGAGAAAAGGUUGAUCAUCUCUGACAGAGCACAUAUUGUGUUUGACUUCCACCAAGCGGUCGAUGGCGUUCAGGAACAGCAGAGGCAAGAGCAAGCAGGCAAGAAUCUCGGGACAACAAAGAAGGGGAUUGGUCCGGUGUACUCGGCCAAGGCAGCGCGUAGCGGUCUCAGGAUAUGUGACCUGCUGGCUGACUUCACUCAGUUCUCUGAAAGGUAUAAAGUAUUGGCCCAGCAGUACAAGGUUAUGUACCCCACUCUGGAGAUUGACAUAGAGGGAGAGCUGGUUAAAUUAAAGGACUACGUGGAGCGGAUCAAGCCCAUGGUGAAAGACGGUGUGCACUACAUGUACGAGGCUCUUCACGGUCCUCCUAAGAAGAUCCUGGUGGAAGGGGCCAACGCAGCCCUCCUGGACAUAGACUUUGGGACAUACCCGUUUGUGACGUCGUCCAACUGCACGGUGGGCGGGGUGUGUACGGGUCUGGGCAUGCCGCCUCAGAACGUCGGGGAGGUUUACGGUGUCGUCAAAGCGUACACCACCAGAGUGGGCAUCGGGGCGUUCCCCUCGGAGCAGAACAACGAGAUCGGAGAGCUGCUACAGACUCGAGGGAAGGAGGUGGGCGUGACCACAGGCAGGAAGAGACGAUGUGGUUGGCUGGAUCUGGUGCUCAUCAAAUAUGCACACAUGAUUAAUGGCUUCACUGCUUUAGCUCUCACCAAACUUGACAUACUUGACGUGUUCGAAGAGAUCAAAGUGGGCGUGGCGUACAAAGUCGACAACAAAUCUAUACCUUACUUUCCAGCCAAUCAGGAGGUAUUGCAGCGUGUGGAGGUCCAGUAUGAGACGCUGCCUGGCUGGAACAGCGACACAUCGGCUGCUAGAAGCUUCGAGGAGCUGCCUGAGAACGCCCAGAAUUAUGUUCGCUUCAUUGAGGAGCAUGUUGGAGUGCAUGUCAAAUGGAUCGGAGUGGGCAAGUCUCGGGAAUCCAUGAUCCAGCUGUUCUAGACAGACGGAGGAGAAACACAAGCAAAGGGGACGCACAGAGGCAAAUCAACUUUACCCUUCUUCCACUCAGCCCCACACACAGCCUACCUACCAGUCUCAACGCUCCGACAGAGACACGACCAUCAUUUCUGUACUUAUUACUUUACACCAGUGUAUCAUCAGACUGUUACGGACCGGACCUCAGACUCCCAUCAGACUCACCUCCCUGUAUGAGUGGUUCCCAACGUCUCCAUCUGGAUUUUUGACAGUUUUAAACUUUAGGCGUUCCCUGGUCAAGUCCCUCUUUAAUAUGUCCCCGUUUAUAUCGUAGCCACUUAUUUCAGACAUACUACACACUCGGCAACACCAGCUGCCAUCAGGUCUGAGAGAGGACAUGAGGGAAUGGACUCAACACACUAGGGGAUCACUGCCCGGAGCAACUGCCCACAGAUGUUUGGUUGGUCAAACUUUGUUCAAGUGUAUUUUUGUUAAUCUAUGGUGUGUUUUAAAUGCGCAGUGCCAGUCCGGUGUAAACCAGUUACUAAGUUAAAAUAAGUUUUAACCUUGGCACUUCGGACUAUAUCUGCUUUAUGUUUUAUUCUGCCAGGUAUACAACGCAUCCUGACUUGAUAAAGGGAUCCUUUAAUAUUUUAAAUGUGUCUUUUUGUAUUUGUCUUUUCGUCGUCAGACAAAUGUUAAAGACUUGUUAUAUUGCCUUGACAUUCAACCAAAAAAUUUGCUUUUAAAUUUCUUGUAGCGAGCGAUUGCUUACACUGAAUGCUGCUGAUGAAAUGUUGACGUACAUCUUCCCAUACUGCGAAGAGGCUCAUGUUUUUCAGUUUAAUUUUUAGCAGGUGAGUUUUCCAUGAACCAGCACAGAGGGUCUGGUGUAACUAUCACUUUUUUCACAUGAAAAUCAAGUCAUUAGGCCAGCAUCUGUCCACUCAUAUUUCCAUUAUGCCAUGUUCACACCAUACGGGAUGGAUGGUAGAGAUGUGAAAGAUCUUCAUUUUAACAACGUAGGCGUUUAACGUGAUCCAGUAAAUCAAAAUGGUUGUGUGGUUGCAGAAUUCAUCAUGUGACGGUUAAAAAAAAUACUGUGCAUUAACAAUAUAACACUAUAUUCAUUAAAUUUGGGUUUAAUUACA